AUGCUUAUAGUCAAUAAGUUGUGUGAUUCUAUUGUACCUCUGGCUAAGCAAGCUUCCAUCACCGUCACCUGGGCACCGGAAUAUGGCUCAGCGUUUCCUCAGGGAUUGGCAUUGCUCACUCUACCACUCAGUUUACCCACACCAGGAGAAAUACCCCUUGGUGUUUUGCAACCCGGUUCCUAUCUGGUCGUGGCUCAUCCUCCCUCUACACGCGGAAAUAUCCAAAUGGAAUUGAUUGUUGAGACCUUCCUAGAUCCCACAGAACGGGUACAGACACUAUCCGAAGGUCACCUAUCCUGGCAUUACCCUACUCCGGUAGAAAUUAAAAGAAACAUUCCACAUCCUUCAGUCGGUUCUGGGCUGUCUGCAUUUCAUCGUAUCCGGUUCCCACGAUCUGAAUUUCUCUUCGGUCCAUCGUUCCCCGCUCCUCGGUUGACCGUGGCUGCUAUACACUGCUCGGAAAACACGGGUGAUCGAGGCUUAGUCGCAUUCCAUGCGCCGUGGGCAAACUAUUUUCGUCACACAUUUGCCAGUCGUAAUUCUUCGGCAGUGUUGGACUUGGAUGUCCCAACUACACAACCGAACGGUCCACCUGACGAAACUCUGUUCGUCGAUCUCCUGUUAAAGCCACACUGCACGUACCGGAUAUCCUUGCAGCUCUCCUUAUUCCAAUGGAUAGGAAAAGUUAGUGGUUAA